GCAAAUGAAAAGAAGAAAAAGGAAGAAUACAUCAAGAGACAGGAAGAAAAGAAAAAGAUAGAAGAAAGAAAAGAAAACGAAUCUUCAAACAAAGAAGAAACUGAAAUUAAAAAAGAUGAAACUUAUGAUAAAGAGAAGACUAAGAGUGAAGAAGAGCCUGCUGCUACAGCAGAAGAUGGAGCUAGCUCCUUCCCCUCCAUGAGACUAGGAUACUGGAUGGAUAAACUACUAAGUGGAGUGGAUCAACUCUCCCUACUGGAUAAGAAGGUUGGACAGAUGGAGGAGAACGUCAAGAAGAUCGAAUCUGUGGAUUCCAAGAAAUGUGAUAAAGUAACUGGGAAGUCUGUGAAACCAAGCAGAACACAGGUUGUAGAGAAGAACGUAUUUGACUCAGACCUUCUUAUGAUCACAAAAACCAUCCAGAAGUUUGAAAUCAAAGAUAAAUCUGACCCAACCAAGAUUGCAGUUGUUAAACCUAAACCCAUCCCACCAACCCUCUCCGAGAUCCAACUAGUUUUAGACUCCCAUGAGGAACAUGAUGUAAACGUUGUGAUAAAAAAUCUGAAAACCCUAUCUUCCAUGAAUAUUGUGCUCCAUGAGCUUACAUCCACUAGACUAGGCCUGACCGUCAACAAACUGAGGAGAAGUACACAAAAUACAGAAAUUUAUGAUCUUUGCCGAAACCUGAUCAAAACCUGGAGGAAACUAAUUAAUGAACCUUCCUCAAAAGCAAACGUAGCGGAGGAGAAGAAAACUGAAGGAGAGAAGAAAAAAAGUAAAGAAAUUCAUGAAACUAAGGAUGUGACUGAUGAAAUCCGCGAAUAUUACAAGAACAAGAUUGUGUCCGCCCUGAAAAGCAACAACUCUCUGUCGGACUCCUGCAAGCUGACGAUGAACACCCUCGCAACGGAGAUAGAGGAGGCGAUAUUCAAAUUGUACAAGGAGACUAACUCAAAAUAUAGAAUACAGAUGAACUCGAGAUAUUUUAAUAUCCUACGGAACCCGACUCUACAGGAGAACCUGCUGCUAGGGAACCUAAACCCUGGAUCCCUAGCCUCCAUGCAGUAUACAGAUUUAGCUCCAGACCAGGUAAACAUAAAGGAACUCUACACCCGUAAAUUCAAGUGA